AUGCAGGACAUUCGACUGACAGCCAUUGUGAUGGCCUGCUUUGCUCUGUUCCCAAGCUACACAAAUGCUUUCUGGCGUCUUCCUUGCCGUGGAAGAUCUGGUCUCGCCCGCAUUGACCCCAUUGUGGAUCCGGGUGAGGUUUCAGGACACGCUCACGCGGUCCAUGGAGGUGGAAGCUUUGGCAUGAGUUCGGAUCAGAACUCGCUCCUCAGUGCUGAUUGCACUUCGUGCGCAGUGACUCAAGACAAGUCUGCUUACUGGGCUCCCGCUUUGUACUUUAUGCACACCAAUGGCAGUGCCCAGGUAGUUGAGGAGGUUGGAGGCAUGCUUGCCUACUACCUUCUGUACGGACAGAAUAUCACUGCCUUCCCAGAUGACUUCCGCAUGCUGGCAGGCGACCCCUUCCAGCGCAAUUUCACCUGGCCAGUUCCCGACCCUCCCAAGUCCCAGUGGAGUGGUGACCAGGCCUCACAAACUGCUUUGCGCCAGAAGGCCAUUGGUUUCAACUGCCUGAACUAUCAGACCGCUGCCGAAGACUCCCUCCACCGCCAUUUCUUGCCCAACAAGACCUACCUCGAUGAGCAUUGCACCGAUGGAGUCCGCAUCGAGUUGAUGUUCCCAUCCUGCUGGAAUGGCAAGGAUGCCGACUCCCAUGACCACAAAUCCCAUGUCGCAUACCCGUCCCUUGUUAUGGAUGGUACUUGCCCCGAGGGAUUCGAAACUCGCCUGGUAUCACUCUUCUAUGAGACUAUUUGGGAUACCUACGCAUUCAAGGACGUCGAUGGAUAUUUCGCGCUCGCCAACGGUGACCCCACUGGAUACGGAUAUCACGGUGAUUUCAUGCAGGCUUGGGAUCAAGGUGUGCUACAGGAGGCCAUUGAAACUUGCACAAGCGAGACAGGUAUCGUUGACGAUUGCAAAAUCUUCGACAUUCAGUCGGAAGAUGAACAGCGUCAGUGUGAGUUCCCCAUCCCAUUCGCGAUCAAAAACGAAGAUUGUGAAAUGCACCACGGUGGAUUGCCUGGCGGUAUGCCCAUCGAGUGGGGUCCUGAGCGUGCCGUGAUGAAGGCCGAGGCUGCAAGCACAACCGCCCCCAACGUGAUCUCACUUCCCACCAUUUCCGUUGCUGGAAUUUCGAUCGAUCCCAACACCUACCUUGACAACCUUCACGCGCCCAACACUGCGGCGGCCAGCACUGCCGAAGCUACUACUACUUCUUUCACUUCGACUUCCACUUCGACUCCCUCGCCAACCCCGACCCCCGUCACAUCUACUAUUAUCGAUCCUAUCACCGAAGAGAUCAUCUAUCUCGAACGCGAUGUUGUCGUCCUCUGUGAUGGAAAUGGUGCCAUUACUGCGACUAGCACUGGCGCCAUGCGGACUGUCUCCUCUACCAUAACCACCAUUAUCGAAACCUCUACGGCUGUUUCCUACGCGAAGAAGGACACUGUCCCGGAACCUGUGGAACCGGUGCAGGCUGCUGGCCAUGCCCGCAGACAUCUUCACCACCGCCACGGUCACGCGCACAACUAAGUAUAAGAACUUCCGUUGUGGGUGUUUGGAACCCAAUGUGCAAAGUACGCAGCGCGUCGUUCUCCUUUCUGUCACCUUGACCGAGAGGAUAUACCCCAUGCUUCUACAUCAAGUUGGACCUUGAACUUGCUGGAUUGUACCUGGGAGCUUUGAUUCAUGUACAUUUGUUUGUUUCUGAUUGUUGGACAUCCUCCAGUCAGUCGGGGGUGUACAUUGACCAUACUGUCGUUCUCGUGAUGAAAUUUUAAAUAGUCCUGGCUGGUACACAAUUGAACUUCAUUGGUCGAUAAUAA